AUUCAGCUCCCUCUACCGGCCGGAGUCCGCAUUGCAGGGUUUUCUGAAACUGUUCCCGGAACUGUAUGCAGGAUAACGAAGAUGCCGGAGCUGUCAGCGUUUCUCCCUUGUUUCUUCUUCUUCCUUUUGGGUCUAUGGUCCAGUAACGGGGCCGAGGUUUCCCGAUGGAGUAUUCCGGUCAGUUCGGUAUCUAAGGAUGUGGCUGUCUUCCGCAAAACCUUGUUUGCCAAUUCCACCAUCUACAUGCAGUUUCACCACACGAAUUCCUGUGACAACACGAUGAGCUUCAAUGUCAGCUGGUACCUGCGGUCCUCUGUGUGCUAUAACGAAGUCUUCAACACUGCUGAUAAGGGCGCAGCCAGCAUGUUUCUGUCUGACCACAUGCUGAAGGAGAACUGGACUGGCUACUACAGCCAAGGCUCCAUGUUCUUUGAUAACUGCAGUCAGCUCAUCAAACCACAGAUUUACUAUAAGGAAUUUAUCCCAUAUCAGGCCCUGACCAGCGAGGGAAGUAAACCUCAAAACAAGACCUUCCCCCAAAGAUGGAGCGAGAAACCUACUCUCAAUGCAGUCGCUAAGGCCUGGCAGGACAGACCCUACAUGUUCAUUGUGAAGAUUGUGACCAUUAGGCAUGAUGACAACAAGAGCACCCAGCAGGCCUAUGAUGAUUCCACUGGGGAGUUGACCAUGACUGUGGAGAUGAAGGGGCCCCGCGAGUACUCCUCCCCAGCUGAUUGGCCCCUCAUGAUCUUCUUCAUGGUGAUGUGCAUCGUUUACGUGCUCUUUGGGGCGCUGUGGCUCCUUUGGUGCAUCUGCUACUGGAAAGACCUGCUACGCAUCCAGUUCUGGAUUGGGGCCGUCAUCCUGCUGGGAAUGCUGGAGAAGGCUGUGUUCUAUUCCGAGUACCAGAACAUCCGCUAUAAGGGCGAAUACAUCCAGGGCGCCGUGAUCUUCGCAGAGCUCCUCUCGGCCCUGAAGCGAUCCCUGGCACGCAUCCUCGUCCUCAUCGUCAGCCUUGGCUAUGGCAUUGUGAAGCCCAGGCUAGGCACCACAGUUCACAGACUGGCAGCUGUGGGGCUGCUGUAUUUGCUCUUCUCCUCUGUGGAAGGCGUCCUCAGGGUUACUGGGGGUUUCUAUGGGACUGUGGCACUGGUGGCCAACCUCAGCCUUUCCUUGAUUGACUCCUGUGUGAUGUGGUGGGUCUUCAUUAGCCUCUCCCAGACCAUCCGUCUCCUGAAGUUGCGCAAGAACGUGGUGAAGCUCGCCCUGUACCGGCACUUCACCAACACCCUCAUAUUCUCAGUCCUGGCUUCUAUGAUUUUCAUCAUUUGGACAACAAAAGUAUUUAAGAUGGCGGACUGUCAGACGGGCUGGAGGGAUUUGUGGGUGGAUGAUGCCUUCUGGCGGCUGCUGUUCUCUACCAUCCUUUUGGUCAUCAUGGUUCUGCUCAGACCUUCUGUCAACAGCCAGAGGUUUUCCUACUCCCCACUGAUUGAUGAGGAUGAGGAGGAUGAAGCCAAAGAACCCAUGCUGAACGAAGCAUUUGAGGGAAUGAAGAUGAGAACAACAAAAACUGAAAGCAAUGGCACCCCAAAAACUUCAAACAAAGAGGAUGAAGACCUAAAGUGGGUAGAAGAGAAUAUUCCCACGACAGUUGCAGAUGUGGCACUCCCAGCCAUACUUGAUGACGAGGAGGAGAUUUUGACAGCCACGCUGGAGAGGUCGAAGAUGGAGUAGAGAUGGGAAGACUAUGAUGCCGAAUUCCAUGAAGUGCAAUCCCGUUUCCUUUUUCAAGGAUGACUUCCCAGAAUGAGACACUUUUGGUCUUUUUGGCACCCAAUUAUUUUCCCCCUGAGGCUGUAGAGAGCCCGUCUGCACACGGGGGAGAUUGUGUGCAGUGUUUAGUGUCUGGAGUAGGAGGGGAGCUGUUUACCUCAUUGGGUGUAACUAUCAUGGGUUCGACGCAGUGAAAUAGUCGGGCUUUGCACUUGGGCCUCGGAGCAGAAUAACAGCAGGCCUCUGGAUACCACGCCUGGAACUCCAGCAACAAUCCGAAGUUGUGGAGUGAAGUGGAUGGGGAAUUAGUAGUAGGGUUUGACUUUUUAUUUUAGUUUUUUUAAGAAUUGUCUAAGCCACUGUUACCCAUUCCACGGGGUUCAUGGGCUUCCUGGAUAUUUCGUGCCUUUUCUUCGUCCGCUGUGUUGCCCUUGUGCAUUCUGUUUGUUGGCAGACUGCAAGAUUCUUUUUGCAAUGUCUGAUUUUAAGGGUGCGUUGAAAAUCUCUCUCGUUUCUGAUUUCGGAAAUUCUUAAAGAAGGCAUCCAAUGAAUAUUAAAAGGAUUGAGGUUUACUGAGCAGUACAUUACAGACUGUUUUGCAGUCUUUGUGUGCUUUUAUUUAAUAUAAGUUAGAUCCUGAUGUCUGAUUUUUUUUUAUUAGCGUUUUUGAGAGAUCAGAGUCUCCCAUGUCUUUAAACGGGAAGGCUUUCAGAACGUCACACUUGAAUCACCUGAAAACUGUCAUGAUUUUUAUCAUUUGCUAUUAUUAAUUCAUGAAGGCUCCCAAUUUGUUACACGUACCUUAAAGAAAACGUUUCGUCUUCCAGCUUCUCAACACACCAGGGCUUCUUUUCUGUCCUUUCAGAUUUUUUUCAUAGCGUGCAUCGACAGUAAAGGACUAUGGAUUAGUUUCUGUACAAUGUCACCAUUUGCCAUGAUCCAAGCAGUGAUUUGUAGAGCACAUUAGUGUGGUAAAGGAAUUAAGUUUUAUUUUACAUAUCUUGAAAGAGCUUUUACUUUAGGAAAACAUUUUUUACAACCAUUUUUUGUUAAUUUUUUAACAUGCAAGUUAGCAGUCUAGUCAAUUUUCAAUGUAUGAAUAACACAAUGGCCAUAAAUUGAUGAUAAUGCCUAAACAAUGUGAUCACCAUGUUUACAAAGUAAUACCUAACUCAGAAGCUGUAGUAUGGGGAUGUGUCAUGCCUGUCUUACACCACAGAUGAAAUAAUCUUUUACAGCUCAGCUGUGGGCUUGAGCUGGAGUAUAGACGAUGAGCAUGGGUUAAGGGAGAGAGCUGCUCUGAGUCACCUGGCACAUGAUGAAACUGUCCUAGCUCUACAGAGAACAGUGUCGGGCUCAUUCUCCAAUCUUCAAAGACUACGCUAUGCGCUUGAAAUGAAGGUUGAAAUUGGAACAGUUCACGUACUAAUGUACGCUUAGUUCGACUCUGAGAUCGGGCUGCUUUAAAUUUAAUUUUACAAUGUUACCUAAUGUUUUGUUUGCAUGUGUUUGAAAAGUAGUAUUUCUUAUGAUUAUUUUGCUAGCUUGCAGUAUAAUGUACUGUAUAGCUACUUUCCACUUAUGAUCUUCAAGAAGCUACCUGCCUGCAUUGUCCUACAUGUGUUGACUGGGCAGUGGAUCUAGUGCAGAUCAUUGAUAACGGGAAGUGCUUUCUUGUAGAUUGUACAGAUUAGUUAAAAUGUAUGCUUAGUCAACUUUUGUUUCUAUUGUGACUAUUUUUUGUUUUAAAAAGGAAUUAUUUUUCCCUAAUCAUUUCCAAAUAUAGAAUUCUUAAUGGAAAGAAGAAUCCCAAAUGAAACAGUUUGAAGUCUCAGUCAGCACUUAUUCUGUACUUUCAUUACAUUUUAUCUUUCUUUAUAGGCUGUGGUCCAGUACACAGCCUGUGAUCAGACAUUGCAAUAAAUGUUUAUAUGUUCACAAUGAUAAAACCAAAAUCCCAGUUAUUUGCCACUUUUGUUGUUCCGUGCUAUUGCUCUGGACAAAAUAGGCCUGCAAAAUGGGGUGGUGCAGUGGUUACCAUUGCUGCCUCGCAGUGCUGGGCCCUGGGUUGCUGUCUGUGUGGAGUUUGCACGUUCUCCCCAUAUUCACAUGCGUUUCCUCAAGAUGCUUUGGUUUCUGCCCACAAUCCAAAGACAUACUGGUAGCUUAAUUGGCUUCUUGGGAAAACUGACUCGGAUGUGAGUGUGUACAUGACUGUGUGUGCCCUGUGAUGAACUGUGAUGAUCCAGGGUGUAUCCUGUCUUGUGCCUGUUGCUUGAGGGACUCCGGCUCCCCCUCAGUCCUGUAAUGGAUAGAGCAGUUAGAAAAUGGAUGUAUCGACAAACAAAAUACGUGAUCUUUCAAAACUCAAUUUACUUGACCUUUGUACCAUUAACAAAGGGUGUGAUUUUUGUGAUUUAUUCUCUUACGAUCUGAUGACGAAGACAGACCUGUACACUGGGAGGAGAGAAGGUUGUAUUCUGAUGGGCUUUCUGCUUCACACCAGCUACAGUACAACCUCCCCAUUGUUUGUUACCCAGACACUGAUUGUGGAUGUUCUUGAUGCUGUAUAUGUGAUGCUAAGAAAUUUUAGCUCUAGGAGUUAAAGUGAGAAUUUUGUCUGUUUUGUUAAAAGUAAAAUAUGGCUUACUUUCUUAAAGAAGACUAAAGGCAUGAGACCUAGGAUAAUAAUCAUACAGUCACUGGUCAGUGGUCCGGUAACAGUGGUUUAUACAGUAUAGUGGAGCACUUCACAAAUUUAUUUUAGUGCCUCAGACUUUGUCCUGAUGCAGUUAAUGAUAAAUACGUGGGGUAUUUUUUAAAGAUAUAUACUCUCCAAAAAAGAACAUGUGUUGUUCACUGGUAUGUGUGAAAUGGGAUCUGCUUGUAAAAAAAAACCAAUUUUGUAUGUAUGAUUUGUUUCCAGAUUAAAGUUUCUAUUAAACAGUA